AUGGGAUACUUCUUUGAUCCCAUAACCGUCCUCAAGCUCGACACGACUGCUGUUGCGAAUCUUGAUACCAGCGACAUUGAUGAAGCCCUAGCGAGAUACGAAAGGAUAUCCCAGUUCCUGGCCUUUGCCUACGUGGCCAGUAUUGCUUUCGCCAUCCUUGGGCCCAUUCUCUCUGUGUUCGGAUCUAAAAUUCGUAUCAUCGGCUUCGCCGGCAUCUUCUUGUCUUGGCUCGCCGCCAUUCUUCUCCUCGUCGCUUCAGGAACGGGACACUACAUUUACCAGCAUCUCAGCAAAGCCAUUGACAGCGAUCUGGACCCGAUUGGCAUCGACUCGGACUUUGGUCUACUGUUGGUUCCCAGUUGGCUUUCUUUUGGUUUCGCUCUACUUGCCGCUGUCUUCACGAGUUUCAGACCACGCGACCAAUCCUCGAGACGCAAUCCUGACCUGUCCUUCGAUACAAAGCACAGAUCUGGCGCCGGCGGACAUGUCACUGGCCAGGCGAACGAAUCGGCUGGACCCGGGUCGGGUCUGCUUAACCGAGUGCAGACUUGGGGCCGUCAGAAGUACAUCGGCAUCGGGAAACAGCCUGGUGCAGAGCGGCAUAGUAACAGGGCCACACCACGAGGUGGAGGAGCGACGUCGGGCAAUCUCUCGGAUGAUGAGCAGCACCUGGUGCCCCGGGAACAGCAGGACACGUAUGGUUCGCGACGGGAAAGUCUGAGUUUCGAGCCGCGUGCCUUUCCACCAAGGACGUCGAGCGAUGAUGGAUACGGUGGACAGGGCGACAUCGCCAUGAUGCCUCUCGACAACCGAGGCCAGAAGGAUCUGAAUACGGCAUACGAGCCCUACAGCUCGAGAUUCUUUUAG